AUGCCCUCCUCUGCCCCUCCUCCUCCCGGGCGUCUUCAGCUCACUUCUCUGACUGACUCUUGGUUCGCUCCUCUUCCGUGCGUCCGUAAAGUUCCCAGACGCACUCCUCCUGCUAAGGCUAACUCUGUCCCUAUUGCCCCGCAGUCGGAGCCCACCCCUGCCAUCCCUGGACCUUCCUCGGCCUGGGCGGUGUCUGAGAAGGCCCAGAAGCACAAGCGCAAAAGGUCACGAGCAGAGAGGAACUGGGGCUCACAAGACCGUGUCCCGGUGAUGGGUGAUGUAUGA